AUGAUGCUGGGUCGAGUGUGGCGGUACAAAGGGGACCUCAUGAUUUCCGCCGUAGAGGAGGGUUUGACCCAAUUCCUCUUUUCGCAGAAGGCUGACCUGCACAAGGCGGUUACCAAAUCUCCUUGGAUCUUCGACAACUUCAUGUUGGUUCUGGCAUGGUGGGAAGAUCCGACCCCUGCGGUGGCUGAUCGUCUCCGCUGGGCCCCAAUGGCGGUGCAGAUUUGGAAGGUCCCGUUCGAAUGCUUCACUGGGAAAAUGGCUUGGCGGUUGGGUUCCUCUCUUGGGGUCCUUAAUGAUCCUCCCACGCUUCACCGCUCAGAUGUCUCGGGUGGGCUGUACGUUAGAGCGGCUCCAGUCCUCGAUCUCACGGCCCCUUUGCCGGACACCAUUGCUGCUGGUCAUGUUGAUCAGAAUCGAGGUAACUUUGUGGCUUUGGUUAAAGUUGAAAAGGUUCCUCACUUUUGCUUCCUGUGUGGUGUCAUUGGGCAUAUUGGCGAGAAUUGCCCGAGGAAGGAGGAGUUCUCUGGAGUUACCCCAAAGUACGGAGUCUUCUCGGUGGCCACCGAAUCAGGGUCACCAGUGACGGAGGAUACCCUUUCCAAGCGCAGUCGGCGGUUCACUUGGAUCCGAGCAGCCAAGACUCGCCCAUCUUCAUCAAGGAGUAUCGGCCCUUUCAAGGAACCCCCUCCACGCCAGGCUCCUCCCCAACUGCUGUUGGCACAGGAUGGUGGUACUCUUGGCGAAUGGCGCGAUACUUGGCGGCCCUCACCGCGUCGGAUGGGGUCCAAUUUCCAAUCUCUUGCGAUUACCCUGCCGAAGUCGGGUCCUAGUGAGGCAGCAAUAACUCAAUUGAUGGAGGAUGACACCUAUUCUGCAGGCAUUGUCCCCAACUCGUCUUCUCCUGCAGCCAAAAGAGCCCGGGCAGGUCCUGGAUCGGCGGAGACAACUUCUUCUCUUCAUGGAAAGGCGGUGGCAUCCAGCCUCAACUGGGCCCAAUCCCACCCAUGA